AUGAAAUUUGCAUACGCUCAGAGAACAUACCUGGGUGAUGCUAAAUUUGUACCGACAGCAAUGCGAAUAGCAAAGAAUUUGACUACUCCUGAGUACACAAAGUGGGUAGUAGAGCGAAUCAAAGACAAGGCACAACCUCUUUCUUACUAUGGAGGUUUCAACGAAAGUCAAGUAAGCGAGCUUUCAUCAUUCCGCAUCCCUGCUAUGGUGUCCUGUAAGCAACGUAAAAAAUUUUCAAACUUUUAGAU